AUGAGUGACUGGUCAUACUUGUCCAAACUUCUCCACAAGGUCCAGGCUCAUUCCACCGUGGUGGGAAAGAUCUGGAUGAGUGUUCUUUUCCUGUUCAGGAUCUUCGUACUAGGCGCCGCUGCAGACAACGUUUGGGGGGAUGAAUUGUCUGAGUUUUACUGUGACUCCAUGGAACCAGGAUGUAAACACUCCUGCUAUAACUGGAUGUUCCCCAUGUCCUACGUACAUUAUUGGGUGCUGCAAAUCACUUUCGUUUCAACCCCCACUCUGGUCUACCUGGGCCACGCUGUCCUCAUCAUCCACAGAGAGAAGAAAUUGUUGGAACGUGGGCAGAGCAAAAUAAACAGAAAUGGACUGAAGAAACCCAAAUACACGGAUGAAAGAGGGAAAGUGCAAAUUAAAGGCAUCUUGUUUUACACAUACAUGACACAGCUGGUGUUCAAAAUAAUCCUGGAGAUCGGCUUCACUAUUGGACAGUUCUAUGUCUUCGGCCCUCUUUUUAUUGUCCCUAGUUUCCAUUGCAAAAAUUCCCCUCCUUGCGCUUUUCACAGCGGUUCCUUGUGUUACAUAUCUCGGCCUACGGAGAAGACUAUCUUCAUUUUUUUCAUGCUCGCUGUUUCCGGUAUUUCGGUACUCCUCAAUGUGGUUGAAAUUGUGUACCUCCUGUACAACAGAAACCAAAGUGCCAAGAAACAACUUGAAGCUCAACCUCAUGCACUACAUGCUGAGCAGUGCACACCAACUAGGCCGCCAUGGGAAGCUACGAGAAAUCAAUAUGGGGGUUACCCACUGUUGCCAUUGAAUUCUCAGGCAAUUACACAUAUAACCAGCGAGGACAGUCACAUCCACUCAGAGUGA